AUGAUAAUCGAAGACGACAGUAGCGGGCCGAUCCCAAACACUUACAACCGACCUCCGUCACCAGCCUCUACCGGCUCAGCCAUCACUGUCGGCACAUCACAGAACGCCGUUCUGAUUAAAAGCCUCGAACAGGGCGAAUAUGUUCCUGACGACGACACAUGGGACGACACGCGUAGUCUAACCGACAGCAUCCGCCAGCAUAUCAUCGAUGGCGGCCUACGCUAUCAUGCGUACCACGCUGGGCAAUACAACUUCCCAAACGACGAGACAGAGCAGUAUCGGGACGACCUCAAGCACAACCUGACUAUUCAUCUUUGUGAAGGAGCCUAUUAUUACGCUCCCAUUCAUGAGCGGCUGCUGCAGCCUGGUGCUGAAGUUCUCGAUUUAGUGGCUGACAUGUAUCCCAAUGCACAAUUCCAUGGCAUGGAUUUAUCGCCGAUCCAACCUGAUUGGGUACCCGAGAAUGUGCUUUUCGUGGUUGAUGACAUCGAACACGAAGCUGGAUGGACAUAUCCCGAAAACUCAUUUGAUUAUAUCCAUAUCCGUCAUACCUGCCACUCAAUAAAAAAUCGAACCGAGCUCUGGAGCCGAAUUUACAAGCAUCUGAAACCGGGCGGCUUCGUUGAAGUUCAAGAGUUUCAGUACGCUGCUGCUUGUGACGACCAGUCCUGUAAUCAGCCAUACGCUUGGCGCGAUUUCUUGCGAUUCCUGGGGGAUGGUCUUGCUGCCCUUGGUUCCAACCUCCAUGCCAUCUUGAACGUCCAGGAUGAGCUAGUCGCUGCCGGCUUCCAAGGUAUUCGAAGGAUAGAUCUGAAGUGCCCCAAUGGCCCGUGGCCCAAGUUGAGACGCCUUCAAGAGUGCGGCCACAUCCUCCGAGACGUCAUCAUGUGGGGUCUUGUCGGGCUGGCCAGACGACCCUUUAUGCUUGGACUGGGGUGGACGGCCAUUCAGAUUGAGAUGUUUCUUGUCGAUGUCCGCAAGUCCAUUAUUGCGGAAGAAAACGGCUUGCCAAAGUUCCACUCAUAUUUUCCUUUCCACAACAUAUACGGCUACAAACCUCUUGACGCACCUCUUGACGCUGCCUAA